AUGGCCGACGCAUAUUCGUAUGCUCUGCUCGUCGAGCUCGAAGAAAAUAACAUACCAAAACUAAAAAACAAAUUAGUUAAGUACUUCCAAAGUAAGAAAUCCAACGGUGGCGACUGUGAGGUUGACUAUGAAAUCGGCAACACGACAGCGACGCUGCGCUUCCGCAGAGAGGAGGAUCGGCAAAAUGUUUUGGCGAAAGAGACGCAUCAGAUCAGUGUGGAUAAAGGCGUGUUGAAGAUGACAGUUCGUUUAAACACAGAUGAGCAAAUAAAGCAGGAAACUCAAUCUGUUGAACUCAACAAGACACCGGAUGCUGCUGUAAACAAAGAGUCGAAUGCUGAUGAACACACACCUGCGGCCGAAAGUGAGACCGAGGCAAAAGGCAAAGAUGAGGAGACAGCAGAAGAAGAGCUGUGCUCCUACUCGGCUGUUUUAGGAAAUAUUCCAGAGAGGAUGGUCCAGGAGUUUUUGGAGAUGCUGGUGGAGAACGUUAUGAAGGAUCUUGACUCUCCAUCUAUCUCCCAAAACUUCAUUUUGGAAGUCCUUCCUGGCAUGUCCUCAGCUGUGGUGACUUUCCAGAGUGAAAAAGAAAACACUCAUUUUGUGACCAGAUGCCCCCAAAACAGGACGUUCAAGAACAAGGGAUUGUCAGUUCGACCUCUUGAAGGCACACAGCAAGUUGUCGUUGAAAACAUUAGAAAUUACAGUGAAGAUGUCCUCGGCCUGUAUUUUGACAAUGUAGGUGGGGAUGUGGAAAAUAUCACUCUUAAUGAAGAGGAACAAUCUGCUGUCAUCACCUUUAAAGACCUUAGAGCUGUUCAGAAAAUCAUGAAGAAGAAGCAUCACAUCAGAGGGGAAGAGCUCAAAGUUUAUCCUUUUUAUAAAUCUCUGGGAACAGCCCUCUAUGGGAAAGACAAGCCUCCGCUAAAACUCCCUGCUGCGAUAUCUGAACCCAUUGAUGUUGCUGUCUGGCGAUACCUAAAUGGCAAUCAAUCAGCAGCAGAGGCCAUUCUUAGUGACUUGGCAAAACACUUCUGCCGCCUAAACCUCCAACAAUCUACUGUACGCCUGAGCCCUUUGCCUGCAUUACUACAACAAAAGGAUGCCAACGCCAUCAUCAAAGAGUGGACGGACACAGUGAAGUCAGCCUUUGCAAAAGCUGUGUCAAAAUUCAAGUCCCUGAAGUUGCAGCUGGAGCCAGAUGUAUGGGAAGAGUCUGAGGAGAAGAUCAAACAGGCGCUACUCAACGAGGAUGUGGUUGUUGUGCCUAAUAAAGCCAAGUGUGUCUUAUCAGUGGCUGGCCUUGUGGAUGAUAUCAACAGACUAGAGCAAACUCUUAAGGAAGUUGUAAAUGAGAUUGUCAAAAGGGUUCAGAGGAAGAAAUCAACCAUAACCCAAGAGAUCAAAGUAUCACCGUCUCUUUUCCACAUCCUGAGUCAAGAUGGCCUUCAGGACAAACUGCUACAAGUCUACCCAGAACUCAAAAUGUCAUUUAGAAAAGAGAGCGCAGAUUUGAUAGUAACUGGCUUGGCGGAUGAGAUUUUUUCAGUAAAAAGCAUUGUAUUUGAACAAAUGGUUGCGCUAAAAAGACAGAAUUUAGAGGUAGAUAAAUUUGUGCUUGACAUGUUGAAGGAUGAACAAGAAGAAGAACUUACAAAUGCUCUUCUCACAUCACAUAGAAUAAAUGCAGCAUUUGAGAUAAAAGCACACAGAGUCCAGCUCCUUGCUGUGUCUGACAGAGAUCUGAAUGAUGCUGCAGAUCAUUUGGGAAAGCUGCUAAUAUCUCAAUACAUUGAUGUUGAAGAUAGUAAUGUCCUGGUGAAGCCAGAGUGGCAACACUUGAUCCGUCAAUUAGAGAAUGCCAACAGUGAGUUGUGCAGGAAAAUUCGAAUCCAGACCAAAGGACAACAAGUCGUGGUGUCUGGCAUCAAGGAUAUUGUCAUUAGAAUUAGCAGUAAACUUGAUGACUACUUAAGGCAAAACGCUCAAGUUGAAGAGGUGGUUUUGGUCAAGCCCAACUCCAUAGUUGAGUACAUUAAAAAACAUAACACAACUUGGUUGGAGCAAGUGGCAGACAAAGUGGUGGUGUCUUACAGAAAAGAGGCCAUAUGUCUAAGUGGUUCGAGAGUCAAUGUUGUAGAUUGCAAGACCUCGGUCAAAGACUUAGUCUCUUCUGUCUACUUUGAAAGUUUAAAAGUCUCCAAGCCUGGAGUGAAGAAGUUCUUCAAGGACAAAGAAAGUAUGUAUGUUUACUCACUCAUGAGUGAUACGGGCUGCCUGGUCCAGCUGGUUGACGAGACUGGAGAUGGACAGGAUGACGUCGCCCACAGACAAGCACAAAAACCUGUGUACCAGCUUCAGACAUCUGAUGGAGUAGAAAUAGCUGUUUGCAAAGCGGAUAUGUGCAGUUACCAAGUGCAUGCAGUUGUCAACGCUUCUAAUGAGGAAUUGAAACAUAAUGGCGGUCUUGCCGCAGCACUUCUCAAGGCUGCCGGCCCGCAGUUACAGGAUGAAUGUGACAAACUAAUUAACUUGAAAGGAAAGCUCAAGCCGGGAGACACUGUCAUAACUGGUGCAGGGGGUCAACUUUGCUGCAAAAAAGUCAUCCAUGCAGUGGGACCCAAGUUUGAUCCAGCCAAACCCCAGAAGGCUCUGGCACAAUUGAAAAGAGCUGUUAAAGGAAGCUUAGACCUUGCUGAGCAGCAUAGCUGUAUCUCUGUGGCCAUCCCCGCCAUCAGCAGAAAUCUGGGCUUUCCUCUCCAGUUGUGUGCCAUCACCAUCGUCAAAGCAGUGAAGGAACACUGUGAGGACAAGUAUGAUGACAACACCCUGAAGAGGAUACAUUUGGUGAAUAAUGAUGACAGCACUGUUCAGGCUAUGGAGGCAGCUGUCAGACAGGAGUUUGGAAAUCAUGGUGUCAGUCCUUCUAAGCAAACUCAUUCCCAAGACAUCAAACCUCCACCUGUGAAAAAGGCUAGAUCUGACCCAAACUGCUUGGGUCAAGCGCUGACCAAAGAGGGUGUGGAUAUCACUCUGAUGACAGGAAAUAUCGAGAAUGCCACGACGGAGGUAACCGUGAAUACAGUUUCUGAAGAUCUUUCACUGAACAAAGGGGCGGUUUCAAAUGCCAUCUUGAGUGUGGCUGGACCCAAACUUCAGCAGUUGGUAAAUGCAAAUAAUGCCAGUGGAAAUGUCGGUGAGGUCAUCGUCACUGAUGGCUGCAACCUGAAGAGCAAACAAGUGUUUCAUGCAGUUACACCACAUUGGGACAAGGGACAAGGCACAGCUGAAAAGGCACUGAGUGGCAUUUUCAAGGACUGCUUGGGCAAGGCAGAGGAGAAUGGUGUGACCUCCAUAUCUUUCUCCGCCAUCGGUACUGGCAACCUGGGUUUCCCAAAAGACCUUGCAGCCUCUUUGAUGUUGGAUGAAAUCGUAGCAUUCAGCAGUAAGAAACAACCUAAGCACUUGAAGAAGAUCAUGAUUAUCCUCUACCCAAAAGAUGCACAGACUAUCCAGGCUUUUAUUGAUGAAUUUAAAAAUAAGUUCCCCAAUGCCUCGAGUGGUCCGGUGACCUCCAGUUCCCCACAAAGUUCAGGUCCCUUUUCUAAAAUCACCUCAAGCUCAGGAAUGCAUGAGACCCAAAUGGGAGUUGUGGCUGUACAGGUGGUCACAGGAGACAUAACCAAGGAGACCACUGAUGUCAUUGUGAACUCCUCCAAUGAGGGGUUCACUCUUAAGUCAGGAGUAUCCAAGGCUAUUCUGGAUGCAGCUGGUCAGGCUGUUGAAGCAGAAUGCCAAACCCUGGGUGCCCAGCCUAACACAGGCAUCAUAAUGACCCAGCCAGGUAACCUCAAGUGUAAAAAGAUCCUCCACCUGGUCGGACAAACGGACCCUGUAAAAAUCAACAAGGUUGUGAAAGAUGCUCUUCAGAUGUGUGUGAAAAAUUCAUACACCUCUGUGUCCUUUCCUGCCAUUGGCACAGGUCAAGGUAAUGUAAAGGCAAGGCAGGUGGCGGAUGCCAUGUUGGAUGCAGUGAUUGAUGUGUUGAGCCAAAAUACUUCCAGCACCCUGAAGAAAAUCCGGGUAGUUAUUUUCCAGGCACCCAUGCUUCAAGAGUUCUACAACAGUAUGCAGCAAAAGGAAGCCACUGAACCUAAUAAGGGUAAAGCAGGCUUCUGGGGAAACAUUGGCUCCAAAAUCAAAUCAUUGUUUAUUGGUGGAAGUGCUGACAAGCCACAGAAUGAAGGAGAUUUUGUCUUUGAGGCUCUUGAAGUGGAUGCUGCUUGCUUCCACAUCUGCGGUGACUCACAGAUUAAAGUAGACUCAGCCAAGCAGUGGAUCGACGACCUGAUAUCCAAAGAGUACAACACCAUGAACAUCCCAGAGAACUCCGUCCUCAGCUUCUCUAAAACAGACUACCAGCAAAUUGUUGACAUCCAGAAGAACAUGGGUGUGAGCAUAAGGAUUGAAAGCAAGAAGGCCCAAGCCUCAGUCACCAUUGAGGGAAUCAGCAAGAAUGUGCUCAAAGCCAGCACUGAGAUCCAUAAGAUGUUGAAGAGGGCGAGAGAUGAGGAGGAGCUGCAGAGGAAAGAGGAGCUGGCGGGCACAGUGGCAGACUGGCAGUACCAGCAGCAGGGGUUUCAGUUUCAGAGUUUUGAUUCAAGAACCAACUUCCAGCUUGAGCAAGCAUUGGAAAAGCAGCAGCCUAGCGUAAAAGUCACAGUCCAAGGUCAAGACUACACUGUCACCAUGCCAAAAGGGCCUGCUACGGAUAACCAGGGACGUACCCUACAGAUAAAGAGAAUUGACAAACUAAAAGAUGAAGAUGUGCCUGAGCACUGGGAUACCAUGCCAGCCAACACCACGUGUCAUGCCGUCACCAUCAAGGCUGGAACAGGAGAGUACAAUGAAGUACUGAAUCUGUUCCAGGCCUCAUGCAAGCAAAUUGUUACUAAGAUUGAGAGGAUCCAGAAUCCUAUAUUAUGGAAAAGCAUCCAGAUCAAGAAGCGUGAUAUGGAGCAGAGAAACGGUCAUCAGAACAACGAGAAACGUCUCUUCCAUGGCACCUGCUACACCACCUUGACCACCAUCAACGAACUUGGCUUCAACAGGAGUUACGCAGGAAAGAAUGCUGCUUGUUAUGGGAAUGGCACAUACUUUGCUGUCAAUGCUAGCUACUCUGCCCACAGCACCUACUCCAAGCCAAAUCCACAAGGGGAGAAGCACAUGUACCUUUGUCGUGUGCUGACGGGGGAUUACACGCUUGGAAAACAACACAUGAUCGUACCACCAGCCAAGGGCACCGUCUCUGUUCAGAAGUAUGACAGUGUUGUGGACAACCCUGCCAACCCGUCUAUGUACGUGAUCUUCCAUGAUGCCCAGGCUUAUCCUGAAUACUUGAUUACAUUCAAGUGACACGAUCAUGUGAGGAGGGAACAGAAACAAAUACCUUACUUUUUACACUGCCUUACAACAUUAAGUAAUUGCUAAUUAUCUGCUAAUUUUUGAAUUGUUCUUUUAACCAUGUCCUAUUUUUCAUUUUGCAAUCCACUUAACCAUUUAAAUGCAUGCAAUAUAUAAUCACUUCACAGUCACUUCCAAAUUUACAGGCAGCCAUUGAUAGGUCAGUCAUGAAAAUAUUUGUAGACAGAGCCACAUACUGCCUUGAAAAUGUUUAUGACUACUGGGAGGCUGAUGGAAAGAACUUGAUCUAUUCUAGGAAAUGUCUGUGUAUGUAUGUGUAAAUCAGGUUAACAAUCACUUUUGGUUUUGAAAGUAAAAUUGAAAGUUAACUGCUGUUCCAGUAAACAAACCUGCACGAAUAAAACCUAACACGAGCACAAUAAUGUGUAGACUGGUGUAUAUGUAUUUAAUUUAAAGUUUAAGGCAGAUUUAAAAGUAAAUUUUCACAUAUUGAUUUACAGUCUAAGCAAAUAUCAACUGAAGGAGGCUUCUGGGAAGUUACAGGUUCCUCAGCUCACCCUUCUUACCCUGCAUGUCAGCAGUGUGACUCCAAGGUGUCAUGAAUUUAUUUUUAUUAGCAAAUUUUCAACAAUAUCUACGAUUUUUUCAUCAUAUAUAACAGCUAAAUAUGGAAAACUGCUUACUUCACAUUUCUGUUAUUUUCUCCCCACUUUUACCUCCUUUUUAAAUGUCAAGAAUGUUAAAAGAGAAAAAGGUUGAAAGACAAUCAUCAACAAUUUCCAUCAGAGAAACAAAAAUAAAUGUAAAUAAAUAAAUAGAUGUACCUGAAACUAAUAAAUGAAAGAGACUGUGUUUCACCCCAUGUAAGGUGUAUUAUUACAUGUAUAUGUAAGCAUUUGUUCAUUUAGAAGAUCCCCAACAUGAUCUAAUGUUAAAUAAUGGUGAAACACUUUCCAGAUUUCCUCAUAAACAAUCAGUUUAACUCUCAAAGUAUUUAAUUUCAUUUUAUUUAUCCAUACAAUGUACCAGAUUUUUAACCCAGACACCAAUGUUCAGUUUCUUACUUUUUUCUACUUCAAAUCUAUAAAAUUGUGUGUAAUAUUCACAUGUCUUCAUACUUAGACUUCACUUUUGCUUACUUUUGGAGGCUAUAAAUGAAAUACAAACACAAUGUCUUGGAUGACUUCAAUAACCUUAAUAACAGUGUACAUUAACAACAAAUCAUAUAUAAAAGCAAUAGAAACAAUAAAAAUACAUAUAAAACAACAAAAGCUCACAAAAAUAACCGUAUCUACAGAUUACACAACAAACAAACAGGCCAAAGACAUCAACAUAAGGGACAUCAAUUCAAAAACACCUGCAUUCACGCUGUUGUAUGUCAGUCAGAAGGGAUUUAAAUUGAUUAAAAUGGAUUAUCUUGUCUAAUUUUACAAGCUUCUGCAGAUUGUUCUGGAACAUAGUAUUUAAAAGCCAGUUUCCCAAUCUCAGUACUAAAAUGAUGAUUUUUGAGGACUAAAUAGUCUUGGGACCUAGUGCAGUGUGACAUUGGUCUAUAGUUAAAAAGAUGUGAGAUACUCGGGAAGUUUUCCAAGUGCCUUUCUCUUCUCACUGCCACCGACUGCCAGUGGAACCAGAUAGAAGAGUUAAUUAAUGAUGUUAAAAAGUGCAAUAUUUUGUGAUUAUAUUUUACAAAGAUGAAAAUGUAUUUGUUUUGUGCAGACUAAAUAAAGAUCCCUAUAUCCAAA